AUGAGGUUCCUCUUUCGGCGGAAGGACAAGAAGAAGCUGGAGCUCGCGAGCCCUCCUGAACUGCGCCGCCCUAUCAGUACCAGCCGGGAGCCAUUCUUCCCUCCAAGUGUGAGGUCGAGUCAGCUCGUCGCCGUUCUCCCAGCCACGGUUCUGGGGCGGAUAUUUGGCUUCGUCUGCCCCCAUUCUCGCGAUGAGACCUAUGAUGCGUGUGAGGAGAGCGGAAACGACGACGGGUGCAUGCUGUGUGACCUGCGCGAUCUGGCCCACUGUUCGCAGGUGAAUCGAGCCUGGCGUGAAGCGGCCGUCAAGUCAUUCGUUCGGAUUGACCAGGUCCACUACUGCAAGCUCGAGGCCUGGCUGGCCGAGAGACGCAAGCAGACCAGAUUUGACCGAAACGCCAUUCCCGAGGAUCCAGCUCAAGCGAGACUGAGACUGUUCCGACGCACUGUUCGCGAAGAUCCGACCCGUCUUGGCAAAAAGGUUGAGUUUUUGAAGACGCCCUACCAGGUACGCGAGUACUGCCAGGUCGAGUUGGCUCAGACCAUUGCCGUUCUCCCCAGCCUCAAGUAUGUCGAUCUGCCAGAGGGCAUGUUCUCGGAUGAGUCGAGCAGCUCGACGCUACGAUUUGAAGUCCAAGCCAGAUGUCCCAACAUCCGAAAGAUGACGUACAACGCGGGCUCGGAGCGGAGCUUGGCAGCGCUGGCUACGGGUCAGGUAUGGCCUCGGCUUGAGGUUCUAGAGCUAAACGGCAUCAGCGUCGACACCUUGACUAUGAGAGCGGUGUUGGGCUCAUUGCAAAACCUUCGGGCUCUGAAAAUGACCGACACGGAGAGCAUAUCUGAUGAAGUGCUGACGGCUGGAACGGGGCCUAUCAUGCCCUCGUUGGAGGAGUUUGUGAUGGAAGCAACCCCUCGAGUGACAGCUGCCGGCCUUAUCGAGUAUCUUGCUUGGCCAGAGACGCAGCGCGGACUCCGCGUCCUGACGCUGAUCGAUACUGGCGUCCACCCGCAGAGACUUCAAGAGAUCUUGACGAUGGCGCCGUACCUAAAGACUCUGGCAAUGCAGGCCAAGGUGAUUGAAGCAUUUCCGCAGAACGCAGGCAUCGAGUUGCUCGCAUCUCAGAGCCUCGAGAUUCUACGCUACGAGAUUUCUACUGAGUCGGAUAAGGAGGUGUAUGCCACCAUGAAGGCUAGCUGGUACACUUACCUUGCCUCAUCUGUCCUUUCGGGGUCUAUGCCUAAGCUGCGCAGGCUCUAUGUUCACGAUGAGUCGUUCCCCGAGCAGCUUCAGGGGCUGCCUCCUCCCAACGCGGGCCUCGCGGGAGCACAUAUGCGAACCCCGUCUCACAACUCGACUCACAGCACUCGCAUGGCGUAUGCAGGGAUGCCAGCCUCUCCUACCUACAACCCAUACGCUAACACGCCUGCCUCUCCUACUUCUCCCAAAUCCCCGUCACCCCGGCAGCUCAUGCCUCGUGCUCCGGCAGCACAUCGAUUCAGCUCCAACAAUCCUUUUGCGGCGCACCUGCGGCCUGCUGCUCCGCCGCCAGUCACCACGCUCGAAGUGUACACCAAGACCGACGAGUUUGGUAAAUGGAACUUUAGCAAAGUUGACGCAUUAACCGCGGUUGGCCCUGCGCUGCGACGCCCCGUCAGCAGCUACGGCCUGGCGGCAGAUGUCACCGGAGAGGGAUGGAACCGAGGCGAGGUUCGACGCAGUAUCAUGGUCGGAGAUGGCAGCGGUCUAUUCUUGCCUCUGCCUCCACCGCCUGGCAUGACUGACGAGUUUGGGCGCAGGGGAUCUGCUGCAUCGGACUCUUGGCGGCCUUCAAGCAGCGGUGGAGAUUCUCUGCGGCCGCCGCCAUCACUUUGGCCGUGA